AUGGUGCUGGCGGACCUCGGUCGGCGGCUGAACCAAGCGUUCAGCGACCUGCAGCGGCAGCCUGUUGUGGAUGAGGCGUCGAUUGAUACGCUUCUGAAGCAUGUGUGCAAUGCCCUGCUGGGCAGCGACGUGAAUGUGCAGCUAGUGCAAUCGCUGCGGCAGAACGUCAAGGCCGAAGUGCGGACGCUCCUCAACGAGAAAGGCGAGUCGCUCUCCGACGCGCAGCGCAAGAACCAGGUGCAGCGUGUGAUGUUUGACCACCUUGUGAAGCUCGUGGAUCCUGGCGAGGGCUCGACGACGCACCGCCUCGAGAAAGGAAAGCAGAACGUGAUCAUGUUUGUCGGUCUGCAGGGCUCGGGUAAGACGACGUCGUGUACAAAGCUCGCACUGUGGUACCAGAAGCGUGGCUACAAGGUCGGCCUCGUGUGUGCAGACACCUUCCGUGCCGGUGCCUUUGACCAGCUGAAGCAGAACGCGGCCAAGGCCUCGAUUCCGUUCUACGGCUCCUACACCGAGACGGACCCCGUGGCGAUCGCUGCGGCGGGUGUCGCGUCCUUUAAAAAGAACCGCUUCGAUAUCAUCAUUGUCGACACGUCCGGUCGCCACAAGCAGGAAAAGGACCUCUUCACCGAGAUGGUCGACAUUGGCGCGGCGGUCAAGCCCGCGCAGACCAUCAUGGUGCUCGACGCAAGCAUCGGUCAGGCGGCCGAGGCACAGAGCCGCGCGUUCAAAGAGGCGGCAGGAUACGGCGCGCUGUUUGUGACCAAGCUCGACGGCCACGCCAAGGGUGGCGGUGCGAUCUCCGCCGUCGCGUCGACCAAGACACCGAUCAUCUUCAUCGGUACCGGUGAGCACAUCCACGACAUUGAGCCAUUCCGUGCGCGUCCGUUCAUCUCCAAGAUGCUCGGCAUGGGCGAUCUGACGAGCUUGAUGGACAGCGUGGAAGAGGUGCAGAUGAACACCGACGUCCAGGAGCGCCAAAAGAACAUGAUGAAGAAGAUCCAAGAGGGCGGCACCUUUUCGAUCCGCGACUGGCGCGAGCAGAUCACGAACCUGAUGAAGAUGGGGCCGAUGUCCAAGCUCGCAGGCAUGAUUCCGGGCAUGGGCCAGAUGAUGGGCGGCGGCGACGGCGACUCGAUGGCGAGCAACCGUUUCAAGAGCAUGCUGUACAUUACGGAUAGUAUGACGCCGGAGGAGCUCGACUCGGACGGCUCGCUCUUUACCAAGCCCGUCCGCCAGCGCACCACCAAGGAGGUCGCGCAAAAGGAUAAGGACGCGCCCAAGCCCAAGCCCAAGAUGCGGCUUACUGCGCGUGCGUAUCGCGUCGCGCGCGGCAGCGGCACGUCGGUGCGCGAGGUCGAAGAGUUCCUCAUGCAGUACCGCACCGUCGCCAAGAUGGUCAAGAAGAUGGGCGGCAAGGCCGGCUGGCUGCAGCAGAUGCAGGGCGGUGCGGGACGCCGUGGCGGCGCGCCGAUGCUGCCGCCGGGCAUGUCGCGCGAGCAGGCGAUGAAGAUGCAGAGCGCGCUUCCGCCGGAUAUCAAGGCGAUGCUCCGGCAACCGGGCGGACGCGAGCAGCUCAUGAAGCAGAUGCAGAGCGGCAACAUUCCGCCGUCGCUGGCCAACAUGCAAGGCGGUCUUCCGGGCAUGGGCGGCCUCCCGGGUAUGGGCGGGCUGCCGGGCAUGGGCGGCGGUGGCGGCAUGCCCGACAUGGCGCAGAUGCAGCAGAUGAUGCAGAACAUGGGCGGCAUGGGCGGCCUCGGCGGCAUGAUGCAAAAGAUGAUGGGUGGCGGUUCGUAG